GUACCCUUGGUUAUUAUUACAGCUAACUUCCUUUCUCAACAAACCAUAGUGUUUGUGACAUUUGCAGAUUUUAAAUCUAUAGAUUUCUUUGGUUUUCCAACACCAUCGAUUAAUAAAAACCAUAAUGGCAGAUAAAGUUGAAGAGCCCAAGAAAAAGAGGACUUUCAGGAAGUUUACCUUCCGCGGAGUCGAUUUGGAUCAACUGCUCGAUAUGCCAAAUGAGCAAUUAAUGGAACUUAUGCAUGCGAGGGCACGUAGGCGUUUUAACAGGGGUUUAAAACGCAAACCAAUGGCUUUGGUGAAGAAACUCCGUAAAGCUAAAAAAGAAGCCCCACCAAAUGAAAAGCCGGAAAUUGUGAAAACGCAUCUCCGUAAUAUGAUUAUCGUCCCGGAAAUGGUUGGGUCAAUUGUUGGUGUUUACAACGGAAAGACUUUUAAUCAAGUUGAAAUUAAGCCUGAGAUGAUUGGACAUUAUCUUGGGGAAUUUUCUUUAACAUACAAACCUGUUAAGCACGGUAGGCCAGGUAUUGGUGCUACUCACAGCUCGCGAUUUAUUCCUCUUAAAUAAAGUGGAAAAUUAGGUUUUUUGACAAUAAAAUGAUUUAAAAAAUAAAAA